AGCGGCUAAAUGACACCAGGAACAGCGCGCUUUAAUUUGGAGACCAAGCCUACCAGCCAGCUAGCUUAGCUUCAGGUGAACAUGAACUCUCUGGUUGGAUACGGGGUGUCCUCGGAGUCCGACAGCGAUGGAGAUGUAGAGGACGUCAACGACGACAGUGUUGGUUCUGCUAAUGAGAUAGGUGAUGAAGCAUCAGCUGUCACAAGGACCCGGAACUUUUUGCUAGCGCCUGGCUCUGGUUCAAGUGAAUCAGAAGCAGAGGAAGAGGACCCAGAUCCGUCUCCCUCACCGUUACAACCCCAAGCAUCUUCUGCAGCCUGUCACACCACCCUGCCUGCUCCAUCCCUGGGCUCCCUCGCCUCCAAUAAACUACCUCCUCCUUCUCUGAAUACCUGCUCUGACAGCGGCGUGUUUGCCAACCCCUUCAAGGCUCAGGCAGACCAGAAGCUCAGCGCCUUGCAGAAACACGUCCCCCUCACAAUGCAGGCCAAACCCUCCCAGAUAGGAGGCAAAAGGAUAUGCGUGUCAUACAGGAAAGACGGAAGGUGCAGGUUUGGGAUCAAGUGCAAGUUUGCUCAUGACAGUGACCUCCAGACCCCGGUCACUCCCACUGACUGCCAUCCACCUGCGAGUGAGGAAACACCUGCGUCAGAUAAAGCCGAGUGCCACGCAGGUGGCUCAGGAUCCCAGAACCUCCAGCAGGAGACAAAAGAGGAAGAAUCAGGAGGGCAGAAAGCAAAGAAGAGGAGGGUUGGACUGAGUAACACCUUGAUUCCUCCUAAACGAGCAAUGAAGCAGUAUGCCAUGCAUAGGGACAGAGAUCGGAUCAAUAUGUCCUGAUGGAUGUUUCAGGAGCUGUUACACUGCGUCAUAAAGCAAUAAUAGUGAUAACAUAUGUUCUCUCAGCGUGUGUGUAUGUUGUAGAAAUUGUGUACUGUACAUCAGUAGGAUCAAUUAAUAACUCAGGCAUACUUUACAUUACAUCCGGCAGCCUCUGCCACCUGACUGAACCACCAACCUCACUACUAACGGUUGAUCAACUUAAGGACAGCUGCCCCAGUUGAAGACAUUUGUCCCCCCCCCUGUUGUCAGACUCUCAGUGAAUAGACUUUGGAUAAAUGUUGAGACAUUUAUUUACAUCAUAGAAAUGAACAGUUUUUGUGUUUGCUCUACCACACAUCCUAAAUCACAAAUCAGAGAGGUGCAGAUUUAGUAUUGACAUAUGCUCCAAGGUUUCUACAUACCUUUGCUUAUUAAAUUACAUUACACUUCAAAA